AUGCCGGUACCGAAAUCAGACCUCAUUUCUGCGGAGUCCGAGUGCCGUGCACUCUACGAUCAGAUAUGGCAUCAGCCUUCCCCGAGUCUGGGACUGGCGCAGUCGGACCUAAUGAGUCCUGCUUCAUCCUCUUUGACUCUCGAGGAACGGACGCGGCUCACAUAUCAAAGAGCAAGGGCUUUGGCGAAAGCACACAGGCUGACUGUGAAGGAUGUGGCGUACUUGACCCCGGAUUUCUGGAGGUUACACACCGACAUGCUCGGUGCUCUGGACGGUGGUGCAAUCACCUUGAUCAGCAUCCAGUACAAUCUUUUCGUUGGCACAGUCGCUCCUUUUGCUGUUACAAGGCCGGACUUGGCAUUGACCUUGCAACAGGCGAUGGAGUUCGAUAUCUCCGCACAAUUCAUGCUUACCGAGGUCGGGCAUGGAUUGGAUGCGCGAAACCUCGAGACAACGGCGACACUUCUGCCAGAAGGCGGGUUUGAGCUGCACACGCCGACAAUGGCUGCUGCUAAAUGCAUGCCACCGACAACACCUCGUAGUGGCCUUCCCACCCUUGCGGUUGUCAUAGCCCGACUCAUCGUCGAAGGAGAGGAUCGAGGUGUUAGAGCGUUUCUUGUUCCGCUGACAGACGGGACCCAGAUGUGCACGGGUGUCACCUCAAAGGCACUUCCCCCUCGGACGGGCGCUCAACCGAUCGACCAUGCUUUGACAUACUUCAACCGUGUGCAGCUGCCAUUUUCCGCUCUGCUGGGUAGUCUCGAAAAGCCACGCAAUGAACGCGACGAAUUCCUUAAGACCAUUCAUCGCGUGUCUGCAGGGACACUUUUCCUGUCGAGUGGGUGCAUUCCGCUCCUCAAAAUGGCCAUUUACAACGCCAGCAAAUUCAGCUUCCGACGAAAAAUCCUGGGCCACGAUGGACAGCCAAUGCCUGUUAUCCGGUUUCGCACUCAGCACCUUCCCAUCCUUCACGCCAUUGCACGAGUCUAUGUUCUCCAGGCGUUUUUGAUUCAGGCUGCAAUGGGAUUUCGCGACCCGAAGGCAGAUCCGCGAGUUCGUCAUGCCAUUGCAACAGCGUUCAAAGCAGUUGCUAUCCAGAAUUUUCAGACAAGCAUAAAAGCUCUGAACGAAGGUUGCGGCUGGCAUGGAUACUAUGAGCGUAACCAGAUACUCCAAGCCGAACUUGAGUUUCGUGCAGUGGGAACAGCUGAGGGCGAUAUCAGAGUCCUUGCUAUUCGUCUCGCAAGCGAGCUUCUGAUUGGCCGCUAUCAGGUUCCACCCCCAAAAUACCCCGACAGUCUUUUAGCGCAGCAUGAAGCAGGCUUAUUCGCAGAAGCGAAAGCGUCGCUAAAACUUAUUGGCGGAAUCCAUCGGAGCGAGGCGUUCAACCGAACCAUCCUCCCCCUUGCCUUGCCGCUGAUCCAGGCUAUAGGGUAUCGUAUGGCGAUGGAAGCCGCCAUCGACGUUGAUAUCGAUUCCAAACUGCGGGGCCUAUACCAAGCUGGAGUUAUCAAGGAGAAUUCCGCUUGGUUUACUGAGCAGGGAGGUCUCAGCCGAAAGCAGCAACAGGAGAUGGAGUCUCAAGCGGCAGAUGCAGUUCUGCCAAAACUCGAAGAGUUGGUGGAGAGAGCGGGAGCACAGUCGUAUUGCACUGCUCCUAUGUCGUCCGACAUAUUAUGGGAUGAUUUUGUUGACGAGUUGGAGACUUUCUCCGGUAAUGGGGUCUGGAACACACAGCACCUCACAGCGAGUGGUUAG